AUGUUUCGAAGGUCGAUUUUGGCAUUGGCGUCUCGCCGAUCAAUUCAUCCGAGGCAGAUUACUACCCCUCGAGUACCUUCUUUGAGGAAGGGCUUCUCGACGAAACCCCAUCAAGAUGUGCCUCCAAACCCUGGGGCUGCUGGUCAACCGCCUAAACCGAAGAGUAGUUUAUCAAGAGUUAUCUUGGGAAGCACUGCUGUGGCUGGUGCUGCUUUUUUGGCAUACCAAUCAGGUUAUUUGGAUCAAUUCAUUGGUGAAAGAGAGCGGGCGGGACACGUCGAAGUGAAAGGAACACAUAUUAGGAAGGAAGUGGUACCCAUUGUUGCUGAAGAGCCUGUAAAAUCAGCUGAGGAUGUGGCGCUGUUUGCUCAAAAGGUUGAACCGGAGGACGAUGUUGCUCGUGUUGAAGAUGGCGAGAAGGUUGAAACUCUGACUUCUGGGAUUGAAGAUGAUAAGAAGGUGGAAAACCUUACAGAUCUUCCUCAACCCGAAUCGGGAAAGAAGAUUGAAGAUCAUGUGGAUCUUGCCCAUGAUAACGUUGAGCAGAAGGAUGAAACUCAAACUGUGAUUCCUCGUCAUGAAGAUGUAAGCAGUACAACAAGUGAAAUCUCAUCUCAAACUGCAGAAGUAGUGAAACGGAUAGUAGAAGAUGAUGCUGCAAUUGCUCCCAAGGAAAAGCAUGUACCACAAUUCUCUGCAUCAAUAAGUCCUGAAACUGUUCCUAGCAUAAAUCCAGAGCCAACAAUUAGUGGGGAGAGGAAUGAGGAAGUUAAAGUUUCAGUAAUGCCGAAAGAGGAUGAUAUAAAGACUGUGCUCUCUGAUCAUCCAGUUGUCAUACAAAAAUCUGAGGCGGAACUAAACAAAGUUGCUGAUGCUUCAAAUCUACUUGACACUUACCGUCUCAAGGAAAAGACUGAGGAAAUGCUGUCAACUGAGGCUCCAGUGGAAGAGCGUACCACAGGGGAAGUGAGUGAAGGUUAUGUAACAAAAGAUGGAAAGCUGGUUAUGGAUUUUCUUCAAGCCAUUCAUGCUGCUGAAAAGAGGCAAGCUGAGCUAGAUGCCCAAGUUUUUACUCAAGAAAAAAGAGCACUGAAGGAGAAGUAUGAAAAGCAAUUGAGAGAUUCAAGGGCAAGAGAACUUAUGCGUGCAGAAGAGGCUGCUAUAUUGGAUAAGGAAAUCAAAAGAGAGAGGGCAAAAGCAGCAGCUGCAGUCAGAUCAGUUGAAGAGAAAAUGGAAGAGAAGCUCAAGAUGGAACUUGAGCAAAAGGAAGCUGAAGCAGAAGCCGAGGUUAAAAGGAUCCAGGAGUUGGCAAAAGCAGAAUUGGCUGCAGCAAUUGCAAGUGAGAAGGCUACACAAAUUGAAAAAAUUGCAGAGGCUAAUCUUAAUAUAGAUGCCUUGUGCAUGGCGUUCUUUGCACGAUCAGAAGAGGCCCGCCAGAUUCACUCAGUUCACAAGCUUGCGUUGGGUGCACUUGCUUUAGAAGACGCACUUUCUCAAGGUCUCCCGAUUCAAAAAGAACUAGAAGAUUUAAGUGCCUAUCUAGAAGACACUGAUAAGGAUUCGCUGGUUCAACUGGUCCUAUCAACUCUUCCUGAAGAAACACGCCAAUCUGGCACAGACACUGUGUUGCAGUUGAAUCAAAAGUUCAAUGCCCUGAAAGGUAAGCUCCGACAUCACAUUCUCAUCCCUCCAGGUGGCGGUGGCAUCCUAGCACACGCUAUGGCCCAGAUAGCAUCGUGGCUGAGGUUGAAGGAAGUGGAUCCAUCUGGAGAUGGGAUUGAGUCCGUAAUCAGUAGAGUCCAAACUCUCUUAUCCGAAGGCAAGCUCGCUGAAGCAGCGGAUGCUCUUCAAGACGGCGUGAGAGGCAGCCAAGCCGAGCAGAUGGCAGGUGACUGGGUGAGGCGUGCUAAGAACAGGGCCAUCACAGAACAAGCUUUGACCGUGCUUCAAUCCUACGCCACCUGCAUCAGUCUCACUCGAUCGUAA